UGGAAGUCGUAUCCAGGACAACCAACCAACAAAAAGGAAACAAGCUAAAAAAUUUCUAAUACCACAUUGAAAUUUUCUAUACAUAAUUAAAUAUAUAUAUAUAUAUUUAUUGGAUAUAUAUUUCGGAUUUAGUUUUGUGCAAAUCAUGGAUGAUUUUGGUUGUUUCGACGCCAAGCAGCCGGCUAGUGAUAAAGUGCCAGAUUGGCGCACAUCCACCUAUCGCGGACAUCGUCACAUUACGGACACUCGACUGGGCAGCAAGUUGAGCGCACCAGCCGAGUACACCAACAAGGGCAUCUAUGUCCGGGAUCCACUGCUGCAUGACAAACAGCUCACCGAAAUGGGCGCCAAUUACACAUGGAAGUAUGGUGAUCCGAAUGCUUUGCGCAAUCCAUCGCUGAACAUGAAGACGCAGUUCAUGAAGUCCUUCGAGGAGUGUAAACUGCGUUUUGUGAAGAGAAAAAUUAAGCCAAUGACUAGCGUGUCGCAGGACACAUUUACAUUCGUUGAGCUGCCCUAUCAGGCGGAACCGUUGCCCAUGCAUAUGCCCACACCCGUUGAGGCCACCAAAGUACUCAUUGAUCGUUCGAUACCCAGCUCAUAUACGAAAUAUUUGGAUCCCGGAGCGACCACUUACAACCUGUCAUAUAUAAACAUAUCGCCAAAUGAUCGCAUUGCAGCCCACGAUAAUAUUACGUAUUGGAAUUGGUCAGAGCAUUGUCCGGCCGUUAAGCAUGUGGCUCGGGUUCCCGACGAGACCAUGUGCGACACGGCUAAUGCCCAUGAUUGCCCCAAGCGACGCUUGGAGUACCGCAAUCAGGUGAAACACGUGCCGCACACGGGUCUUGGCACUGAGGUGCGCGACAACUAUGUGAAUCCCAAGCUGAACAAGGAGUAUAUCGAGUACGAUAUAACCGAUGUGAAACCGAUUCUCGUCUCGGAGUCGGUGACGCCCUUUGCCCAACUCAGCGAGUACAAUGUGUAUGGCUCCGGCAGCCCAGUUCUUAAAUAUGUUUAAAUGAAUAUAUAGAAUUUUAUUUGCGAAACAUA